AUGUCAUCCUUUUCCUCAGCUUGUAAAACCAUCCACGUAUCAACUUCACCCUCCUCCAGAGAACACCCCUGUGACUCUGUUGGAGUGAUUUUGAGCCAAGGUGGAUGUUUGACAUACGAUCAGGGACAGAUAAUGGGACCUGAGCUCAGCCUGAUGGAGAUGACAGAGGUUGAAUAUACACACCUUCAGCACCUCAUUCAAGCCCAGAUGGAGGCGCAAGCUGCUCCUCCAGAUGGUCCAGAUGUCAGAUCUCAUCCCGCUGCAAUGACGGCUAAAGAUACCGUAGUGAUGUCUCCCUUUCCAACCACUCAAGCUAUUGACCUCUCGACUUCGACUGAGGAACACUGUCUGGUGAUGCCAGGAGAAAGUACACCAGCGUCUUAUGGAGAGGUCCCAGGUUUUGUGCUGGCCAGAAUCAGAGGGGAAAACGGUCCAACUGAGUCACCCACUAACAGUAGCACACCUUCGCAGAAGCGAUCCAGAUCCGCUGCUAGAGUUUGCUUGGAGAAAAGGUUCAACACCAUGUGUGCUGACACACCAAGACAGCAAGACAUUCAGUCAGCAGUUCUUAGCAAUUUUCUGACGAUGUUUCAGCAGUCAGCAGAGGCUCAGGAGGCAGUCAUACAUCCUCAAAUGCAGAAGUGGAUGAAAACUGACCGAGCAAAUCCUUUUGAGGUUACCAGUCCAUAUGUCGGGGGUGUAUAUAACCCAGUCACAAUGUGUGGCCAAGUGAUUGGCCAUAUUCCUCACAUGGUUGAAUCAAACAAGCAUCAGGGUUUAAUCAUCCCCAAGAGUUUUGCAUUUAACUUUUGCCCAGAGAGGGUUGUUACAAAACCUCAUUUUACCAGCAGCAGCAACACAACAGGAGAGCAGCAGUUGGUGCACACAGAAAGUGAUUUGCAGAUACCUGUUGCCUCCAGGAAGCACGGUAUCGCCCACUCAGCUGGAGAUUCGGAGGGUGGCAGCAGGAAAACAGCGCGAUCUUGUAUCUCACUCAGCCAGCGCAGGGAGAGACACAACAGCAAGGAGAGAGAACGCAGGAAGAGGAUUCGUUUGUGCUGUGACGAGCUGAACAUGCUGGUGCCAUUCUGUGAUUCGGACACAGACAAAGUCACCACCUUGCAAUGGACCACCACCUUCCUGAGAUACAUCAACAAAACAUAUGGAGACACUUUCAAAGAGGAGUUUCAGAGUGCGUUCACCGAUAAGAAAGGACUAUUUCUUAAAUCCAACCCCUCUUCAGGCCAGGACCCAUUCCAGCGGGAGAUGGACGAGACACUGAGCAUUCCUCUUGCAGUAGAACAGUGA